GUCACGUGUGCGUAGGGGGCCAGAAACUGAGGGAGAGACAAGGGGAAAAAUCAAAAGAGGGAAAGCACAUUAGACCAUGCGAGCUAAAUUUGUGAUCGUUCAAAAUCAGGAUGUUAGAUUGAUGCAGAAGACCACUUCGAUCCAAAGGGAAAGUUUUCAUCUCACGAGUUUGGAGCAGAGGGCCCGUGGGGCAACAUGGCCGAAGCAGGGGCGAGUAAAGGUGGAGACGAGCCCGGGAAGUUGCCAGAGCAGGAAGAGGAGGAAUCUCAGGUUUUGCAUGGAACAGGCCAUUGCAAGUGGUUCAAUGUGCGAAUGGGAUUCGGGUUCAUCUCCAUGAUCAACCGGGAAGGAAACCCUUUGGAGUCUCCAGUUGAUGUUUUUGUACACCAAAGCAAGCUUUACAUGGAAGGAUUUAGAAGCCUAAAAGAAGGAGAACCAGUGGAAUUUACUUUUAAGAAAUCUUCCAAAGGCCUUGAAUCAAUACGGGUAACAGGCCCUGGUGGGAGCCCCUGUUUAGGAAGUGAGAGACGACCCAAAGGGAAGACAGUACAGAAAAGAAAACCAAAGGGAGAUAGAUGCUACAACUGUGGUGGCCUUGAUCAUCAUGCUAAGGAAUGUAGUCUACCUCCACAGCCAAAGAAGUGCCAUUACUGUCAGAGCAUCAUGCACAUGGUGGCUAACUGCCCUCAUAAAACUGUUUCACAACAGCCCACUAGUUCUCAGGGAAGAUAUGAAGCAGAACCACAGCCUUCCACUUCUGCUUUCCUGAGAGAAGGGGGAGGGGCUUAUGGCCAUUCAUCUCCAUCAUAUUCUCAAGAGGGAAGGUCAGAGAUCUUAGAACGUUCAGGCAGGUCACCACAAGAAGCUUCCUCCAGUAAGUUAUCUGCAUCACCUGAAGAACAAAGCAGAAAGGGGCCUUCUGUUCAAAAAAGGAAAAAAACUUAGAGCUUUGUCGUAACCUUUCAUUUUCUUUACCCUCUUGGAAUGUCUACCUCAUGCAAGAACAGGGGAAGUAAUUUCACUAUCAGUAGCUGACCUGAAAUUUUAACUACUGUUGAGGAACUGUGAAUUUAUUUUUUUUAAUAGACAAAUCACUCCAAGCAAAUUACAUUUGAGCAGGGUGUCUUGUGUUUUACUGCCUGUGUGGGUGGGUGUGCACGAGUGCAUGUGUCUCUAUCAUGUCUUUCUGUCUGUAUGUAUACAUAUCUAUAAUCACUAUCUCUAUCUCUGUAUAUGUAUACAUACACACACCAGCAGAACAUUCUCCAUUUCCCAGGAUACAUCAUCCAUUGUGAAGCAAUAGUCAUGGUUCAGAAUGUUUUUGGAUACUCAUUCCUGGCAGCAAUCUUGAAACAUGCUUUAAAAAACCAGUUAAGAUCAUGACUGUUACUUUUGUGUGAACCAAAGGAUACUUCACCUCUCCAAGCUACCAAUGAUAUGGUACUAAGAAUACUAAGACAUUCCCCUAACUCUCUAUUUUGGGUAGAUAUUUUGUUCUUGAUGCCCAAAGUGUAGCAAUGCUGUUUUUUUCUCCACACACCUGUCAAGGGCAUGCCUUGAUUAAGUAUGGCUCUGUUGCCACAAUCUUUGUUCAGGAGUAGACUCCAGAAAAGACAAUGAAUGUGUAGUUUCUGUGCUGAGAUCUCAAAUGUUAUGUUAAAUGAAUAUGGUUUAAUUUUAAGUUAGGUGACCAUUGUGUCAGGGAGAAUGUGUCAGUUGUUCUGAACUGAUUGGUUUGAGUGGUAUCAAGCUACCACCCUGUCUGCCCCCUUUGAGUUUUGUGAAAAUCUUGACGGGGGUGGGGACAGGGGUGGUGGCAGCAGCUGCUUCCCUUGGUCCCAAUUUGUCCCCCUGAGUCAGUGUAUAGAUCAAGGGGAUUUCCGCCUUGUUUACUACUGAAAGUCUUGGAGAGAACUCCCUAGGGUUUUUUAAGAUAAAGGAAGAAGAAAUACAAAGUUAGUGACAUAUUGGGGUACAGCCUUGGUGGAGAAUAAAACUAUAUGGGCACUUACAGUUCAUCAGCAUCCCCUGCUAUUCAUAUAGUAAAAGUACAGUACUGAGUGAAGAACAUACACAGUUGACGCAGAGAGGCCUUAGAGCAGGGACAUGCAAACAGUGCGAGACUUGCCAGAAGCCCUAGGACUCCAUCUGCUUUCCAUGAAAUGGAGAAGACUGCAGACCAGCCUUGGCUCAGUGCAUGCUGGGACUGCUCCUCUGCACUGAAGAACGUGUCUGCAAGCCCCAUUCUAAAACUCACUGGGCUGCACUUUAACCAACCCAUGGCUACACUUUGGCCAUCCUUAACCUGGUCCAUUUGCAAUUGGUAAAUUAACAAAUUAUACCUAAGAAAAUGUCCUAAUCAUCCCAUUGCAGAUGUAAUUUCUUUGGAGAAACCUGUAUAAUCCUUAACACUGGCAAUAAACAUAGGCUGUUACAAAAAUUGAGACAGGAAGGUAGGUUUAAGCUCAGAUAAUCAAAAAAGAACUAUAGCAUGUCUGAAAAGGCCAAAUUCAUAUCUGUUGUAAUGCCAUUGGCUGCAGUGGCCUUACACCAGCAGUGCAUCGGGCCCAUUAUAUGGCAAGGCCUCCCUCCCCAAAUUGUCUUGCCACAUGAAACUUUUACUGUAGCUGCUGCUGCUGCUGCAGUAAAUAGAUACAGAUCAGCUGCCUCCAUGAAGGGCAGGAGUCCUGCAGAUGAACUUUGCUUGAAUUCCAUGACAGUGUUUGUGAGAAUCUCAAUGGUUUCUACUGACGUUCUCAGUAUGCUGUAAUGCAAAGCUUACCUUUGACGAUAUUGAAUGUGAUGUACCUCUAGAGAAGUACUUCCUUGCCUUACGUGAGGAUUGUAAACUUAUUUAAAUUAUGUAGACAAAUCAAAGUGGCAUUGCUUAACCUUCUAGCAGGUGUAAUAACCAGAUUAAAGAGCAAAGAUGCAAAACUUAGGUCACUUUGAAAAUUUAAACCAAAGUUCCUUAUAGAAAUAGGCCAUUGUGGAUUUGAAAGUUGGUCAUUCCCUGUUUACAUAUAAAAAGUUCAGAGCUGAGAUCAUUAGGAAAUAAGUAAUCCUGACAUACAGACCUUCCUGGUGCAGUUUGAAAGAGUUUUGUGCACCAAAACCAGACUGAACUGCUAAGAGCACAUACCAAACCUAUCUUAUUAUUGAAAGCUUAGGUUUUAUUUUUGUAUAUUAGAAUGUGAUCACUAUUACAUAGCAUACUCAGGACAAAGAACUUUGCUCAGGGAAUAUACCAUGUAAUGUUGUUUUUUUCUUUACAGAAUAGUCUACAGGCCUGCUUACUCAGAACAAAACCAAAUAGACUUAGACCUUUAUAUCUCUAUAUAAGUGUUGUAUACUGACAAUAAUAACUACCUCUGAGUUGACAUACACCUACGUUUCUUAUAAUCAGAUAUCAACUUUUUGUAUUAUGAUUUCCUGUGAAAAUAAGCGAUAAAGCAGUAUUCCUGUACUGGUUGCUUAUGUGAAUAUGUGUGACUUUACAUUCACAGGGUCUGAUUUUCAGAUACGGUGAGCAGCUGCAGCUCCCAUUGAUUUCCAAUGGCAGUCCUAGGUGCUCAGACCUUCUGAAAAAAAAAGUAUCAAGCCCACUUCGUUUACAUAGGUAACAAUAAAAUUAUUAUUCUGUUUACAGCAAAAGGCUACCUCAUACUUACCGCAUAAACACACCUUUGU